AACCAUUUGACUGAGUCGUAGAUAUUGUAUGCUGAAGCGAAUGAAUUCAAAAAUCAACAAUGACCUUGAUGGAAACACUAUCCGUCAUGUAUUAGCAGAUAUAUAUAGUAAUUAGUGCCCGAAUAUCAUGAAUAAAACCUUAAUCUUCGGUUUACGACACUAUGUCGCAUCAAAUCAUUCUAUAUUUGCAAAUUUUCGUACUCAUCGAACUGCAUCAACGCCUAUCUGUGGAAAUGAUUCGAAAUUUCCUUCUGUUCGUUGCGACCAGAUACAUUAUUCUCUAUUCUCAAAAGAUUCACGCCCUCUCAACUAUCCUAAAAUUUCUUUCGGCUUGAAAAAUUUUUCACAGUUUUCUACUGAAUCAAAGAACAAUGUCCCAUCAAAUGUGAACGAAAAAGAUGGAAAUGACUUGGACGAAAGGAAAUCUAGUCUGAUCAAAAGAUUCAAGGAUGCCUAUGCAAUUUACGGGAAAGUUGUCUUGGUAACUCAUGGUGUGACGUCAUGUUUGUGGUUUGGAAUGUUUUAUUCACUGGCUUGCACUGGGAUCAAUUUGCUGGAUAUUCUUCACAGUCUCAACGCACCUGGAUGGCUAAGUAAACCCCUCCAUUUAGGUGGGGGUACUGUGAAUACUCUGGCUACAGCCAUUGUAUUCUACAAACUGGCAGUACCAUUACGCUACGGUUUGACACUCAUAUUAACCAGGUAUCUAGUACGUUACCUUCGAUUGAAAGGAAAAGCACCACAAGUACAAGAAAAUGAUCGUCUACGAAACCUAGCUAAAGAAGGAGCAGAAAUUUCACGUGAACGAAUCAAAGCGCGUAUGGCUAGAAGCAGAAGAAAUGUACUCAUGAGGAGGAGUCAACGAUGAUUUGUACAAAGACCUUGUAAAAAAUUCAUGUCCACACUUUAAGAAUUCGGUAUCAUAACUGACGAUUUGAAUUUUAAAAAUGCAUGAUACUAAACUAAUGGACCACCAACGCUAUGUAUGAAUUAAUCAUGAACGAUGUAGAACCCAACACUAAUGUGCAUCAACCUAAGAUUUCUCACCAUAUGUAUGCAUAGUAAUAUUAGAUAAUCUUUGGAUUUAUUAUCGACGGAACAUACCUGACUUCUGCUGACCAAUAAUAU